CACACACACACACACACACACACACACACACACACACACACACUGGAGUGUUCCGGGAGCGUCGCGGUUGCGUUUCCUCGCAUCAUUUCCGCCAUUUUUCAGCGUCGGAUCGCGGCGAUGUUUCGCGCAGCAGAGCAGCAGUGAGGGAGGAAGAGGAGGAAGAGGAAGAGCAGGAAACGCGUGUGUCCGUGUGAGUGCAGAUGGUGAUGUGGUGAUGUGGUGCUGAGGAUGAGGAUGAUGAUGAUGAUGAUGAUGGCUCUCCCCGAGCUCUUCCUCAGGCUCUUCCUCUGCGCGCUGCUCAUCUCCAGUUCUCUCCAAACAGAAAACGAUGAUGAUGAAGCGGCAAACAAAACCUGGGAGUUGACCCCGAAGGUGUACGAGAGCGACGUCACUCACAUCCUCAACAGUUUACUGGACGGAUACGACAACAAGCUGAGGCCGGAUAUAGGAGUCAAACCCACUGUGAUCCAGACGGACAUGUUUGUUAAUAGCAUCGGUCCUGUAAAUGCCAUCAACAUGGAAUACACCAUCGACAUUUUCUUCGCUCAGACCUGGUACGACAGACGUCUGAAGUUCAACAGCACCAUGAAGGUCCUGCGUCUCAACAGCAACAUGGUGGGAAAGAUCUGGAUCCCUGACACUUUCUUCCGGAACUCCAAGAAGGCCGACGCCCACUGGAUCACAACGCCCAAUCGCAUGCUCCGGAUCUGGAACGAUGGACGGAUCCUUUACACACUGAGGUUGACCAUUGAUGCCGAGUGCCAGCUUAAACUGAAUAACUUUCCCAUGGAUGAACAUUCCUGUCCCCUGGAGUUCUCAAGCUACGGAUACCCCAAGGAGGAGAUCAUUUAUAAGUGGAAGCGGAGUUCCGUCGAGAUCGGAGACAUUCGCUCCUGGAGACUUUAUCAGUUCUCCUUCGUGGGACUGAGGAACAUCUCAGCUAUCGUCAGCACCUUCUCAGGUGAGUAUGUGGUGCUGACCGUCUUCUUCGACCUGAGCAGGAGGAUGGGUUACUUCACCAUCCAGACCUACAUCCCCUGCACUCUGAUCGUCGUCCUCUCCUGGGUCUCCUUCUGGAUCAACAAGGACGCCGUCCCUGCUCGCACAUCCUUAGGAAUCACCACGGUGCUCACCAUGACGACGCUCAGCACCAUCGCCAGGAAGUCGCUGCCCAAAGUGUCGUAUGUGACGGCCAUGGACCUCUUCGUGUCCGUGUGCUUUAUCUUUGUGUUUGCGGCGCUGAUCGAGUACGGCACGCUGCACUACUUCGUGAGCAACCGCAAACCGAGUAAAAACAAAGACAAGAAGAAGAAAAACCCGCUUCUCCGGCUCUUUCCCUCGAAGCAGAACCCGACGGUGGAUAUCCGCCCUCGCUCGGCUACGGCCAUCCAGAUGAACAACGCCACUCACAUGCAGGAGCGCGACGAGGAGUUUGGCUACGAGUGUCUGGACGGGAAAGACUGCACAAGCUUCUUCUGCUGCUUUGAGGAUUGUCGCUCAGGGGCAUGGCGUCACGGCCGCCUGCACAUCCGCGUUGCAAAGAUCGACUCGUACGCACGCAUCUUCUUCCCCACCGCCUUCGGCCUCUUCAAUCUCGUCUACUGGGUUUCGUACCUGUACCUCACUUGAACUUUUUCUGGUGUGUAUAAGGAGCCAUUGGGGGCGUGGCCAUCCUUCCUGACAUCAUCUGUACAGCAGGACUGGAGAAGCGUGACAGUUACAGCGUCGAUCUGCGUCCUGUGUGUGUUUUAGUCAGUAUUUGUAACCGUAGCUAACUGCCACGCUAACCAGCUGUGUUGAUUUUUGUUAACUAGUUGACUACACCUUCUGUUACUGAGAGAUUAGCUCGCUUUUUCUUUCUAUUUAAUCAGCGUACUUCACUGACACGUCCUAAAUGUCGGCUGUUUUUACGUAAUGAAAUUUCUAAUGAAUUUUUCUGUUUCUGUAAACAUUGAAGGAAACCAUGUGAUUAAUUCCUUCCAGUGGGAGCGUAGUGAUGAUGUCAGGAAGGACCACAACGGUCCUCUUCGUAAUGUUUUUAACACAGAGUCGUUAUCGAAUUUCCUUUACAGAGCAGGGCAGCAGUGUGUACUGAACAGUGUUACUGCUACAGUGUAUUUCCUUUGCUAACUAGCUGCAGUGCUAAUUAGCACCUUUGCUAACUAGCCUUCAGAACAAUGUGGAGGACUUGGAGGAUUAAAAACCCGACAUGAACUCACACUGUUUGAGGAACUGAAUUGUGAUCAUUUUAAAUCUGAAAGUCAAAUCGCUGCAGUGGAUUCUGGGUAAUUUGUGCACACCGAAAUCGAGUCCGUUCUCAUCGACAAACUUUCACUCGAGCUGAAAACGUGGUAACGGAUAUGACAGUGAUGGAGUUUGGACCUACGUGGAGACACAGAAGAGGACAUGAUAAAGAGGACAGAGAGCUGCGGAAGAGACUUUAGUUUUCAGACAGAUGAAGAGGACACGACUUUCUGAACCGAAGCGUAAUUAUUAUAAAUAUUAACACUGGAAAAUAAACACAUGUAUUGAA